AUGACGGACGAGCAAAAGAAAACAUCAGUGAAGCUGGAUGAAGAGACGACGCCGAAGCUUUGCAGCUUGCCAGGGAAGGGCGUUGAGUCUAGUAGACGCGCAGGCAAAAGCACCAGGCAGAAGGGCAAGGAUAUGGGAAAGGAACGCGUCGAGGGGGCCACGCAUGCCGGCGAACGCAUCCAAGUGGGCACGACGGUGUACACGCGGGUUGUGCGGCAGGAUGAGUUGGGGGCCUUCGGCGGCGGUCAGGUUGCGGUGUGGGUGCAAGAAGGGAGAGCAGUGGAGCAUGGAUGGGGGGAGGUGCCGCUGGAGAGCGGCGAGGUGGUGUACGCCAAAUGGGACAACCCAGCAGUUACAAGGUGGACGCUGCCAGACACCGCAUCGUUGCAGGGCGACGCAGCAGCGGUGAGGAAGACGCUUACUCCCAAGAAGGAAUGGCCAGAGGAAGAGCAGGCAGUUGUACGGGCGGCGGCAGCAAAGGCCUUGGAUAAGUGCUUCACUUUCUCCGUGGACGUGGACGGCGUCACGGGGGCGGAGCGGUCAAAUAUGGCGCACAACAUUGCCAAUGCGUACAUGGCAGCAUGCGGUGCAAAAAGACAUGAUGAAAACUCACAACAGUGGCUACGCCAUGCCGCUCUGGCGGAGUUCGAGUCCUUCUUGAGGAGAAGGCAUGUGUCAGCGGCUGCGAGCCAAACUCUGAGUCAGCGGGCGGCAACACUACUGCUGCAAGCGAAGCUUGACCCUGUGGAGAGCGUGCUGGGAGACGUGGGCGAGGAAGCCGCCACUUUUGCCACUGCCGCUGAGUCGACGCAGAACGGAAGGAGCGAUGAGGGAAAAACUGAGGCGUUGCUUCCGUCGCCGCCGUCACCUUUUCUCCCAAAGGCCAAAUUUCUGCUCAACCCAUACUAUUUCAAUCUCUUGCGUCGUCCAUCUGCACGCCGUAGUUGCAUCGAAGCUCAGCUUGAGGCGACAACUUUUGCAGCCCCUGGUUCAGGUGACGUCCGUGUCCUCUGCGCUGUUGCCGUUUACGAGGGGCGCGAGGGUCCCAAGAAGCGCAUGUUUGCGGUUGCGCGUGACUGGACGGGGGCAUUUGCCCUUUUCCUUUUGGAGCCUUUUAGUGGUGAAACAGAGGCCGUUGUUCUUGACGCCUACCCGCUCCUUGGCUCCGUAGACCUGAACCCAGACUCGCACCAGAGAGUUGCCUUCCACGUGGAUCAGGUGGAAUUUCUGGCCUCCUUCAAGGACAGGGAAGCAGCCAGGUGGCUCCACGACGCCUUAAAAGCGGCAAUGGCGUCCAUGUACGGUGAGGGAAGUGAUUGUGAGCGUAUUUUGAAGAUGCGAGCCUACAGCGUGGAGUUCGCCUCCGAGUACACCACUUGCGAGGGGGAUUCCACGACACUUGAGUUGGUGGCUGCCAUCCUCGCUGCAGGUAAUGAUGGCGGUGAAGCUGUGAUGGAGAAUAACUUUGCGCAGCUGCGUCGCCACCUGCGCACACCGGAGGGAAGAGACACGGUGGCGCGGCAGUGGCUCACGUCCGUGAAAAACUUGUCCAGCAAAAAUGAUGUUUGCAUUUCCACGGCGUCUACUGCAAGGCAUUUGCGUGUAGUGGAGGAGCUCAUUCAAUCUCCCACCGCCCACACUGACGCGACGCUUCCCCGACGAAUGUGUGAAGGUGUGGAGGAGAUGGGGAGGCGCAUUCCUGAGAUAAGGGCAACGUGCUCACGUCUUGCUGUUCUUCUCGGCUACACGGAUCGCGUCAUGCGGACAUGGAUCUCACGACAUGAGAUCCCGGACGUUCCGUUUGAGCCGUGUUUUCAGCCCGAGAGCCACUCGCAGGCUGCCUUGUACGAGGCCGCAAUGCUAGAGGAGAGGCGAACGCGGGGUGAAGCAUACCGCCUUUCACCGGGCAUAUAUUUGGUGGUGGUCUGCUGCUGUGGCGAGAAGGUUUUUACGGAUGCGUCUGGGAACUGGGUUGCGGAGGCCAUUCAACGUGAGCCCACGCGUGAGGAACUUCAGCAGGUUGCAGCCGAUUCUGAGAACUAUCGAUGGGUUCUUCGCCUCGGCGGUAUCGAUGCGAAUUGGGCCGAGAAGGCGAACCUGGAAGCAUGGGAAACCCUAUACAAGGAGCGCGGUGAGGAUUCAUUCAAGGCUCGCUUUCUACGCGCCGCUAGCCGCCUGCGCGAACGAGGCGUGUUUCCCAGACUGGGAUGCCUCUUUGAUACCCCAAUUUUCCAGGAGGAGGUGGGGACCGUCCUGAUUCUCACUCUCUGCGAGGUGGGUGCCGAGGCGGAGGUUCCACCCGCUGCGGGGGUGUGGCGCAGCCUCCCUGAGGUGGAGUCGCGCGCCUACACGCACGCCUUGAUGUGCUCCGAAAACGCCCGUGUGCGAUUCCUGCCUAGUGGCUAUCGCCGUUGUGUGCGCUACGUGAAUGCCGCGGCGGAGUAUCUGGCGAGUCUUGCGCAGCGCUUGUCACCAGGGUUCUACGUGGGGUUUUUUCUUGCCACUGUGAGCGCGGAGGGGAUGCUGAUGCUUGUCCCUGAGUGCAAUCGAAACCUGCCGCCGCUGGUGAAGGUGGGUGAGGAUCCGCCGUCACUGCCGCAGUGGCGGUGGCUGCAGAGUUUAAACUACCGACGACAAACAACACACACCUUUGGGCUACCCACACUGACGGAUUUUCCCGUCCCGUUGGAUGGUGAUGCACCGUUUGAAAGCAAAGUGGGGUACGCCAUAGCGGCCUUGGAGGCGGCUGUGGGACUCAAGAUAGAGCAGUUUUACGACUUGGAGCUCUUUGCGUUGGAUGAAGAACAAACUGUUUACACCUUCUUCGCUGUGGCGUACUAUCCACCACCACUGCACGCUGUCGAGGGGGUUCCUGCGGCACCUAAAGGUAUUGUGCCCAUGACGUUUAAACUUGUACGCUCGGUGGAUGACCAUCACCAACGGCGUUACUGGAGCGGAGUACACGGCACCCUUGCCGAUGAAGCAGAUUCUGUGUACAGGACCUUGUGCUCCACGACGCAGCCUUUUACCUCUGACGAGGCGAUUCGCCUGAAUACCGCAAAUGAAGCAAUGCUCUAUGCAAUGGAUUUAGACAGAUAUGCGCUUUUGUUCAGCUGGGCAAGGACUCUUGUCAUCUGGCUUGAGACAGACGGCCGGACGCUGGUGCAACGGCACGCAGGAUGGCUCCUGAAGACCUCUGCAACAGCUACAGUGAAUGAGGAAGAAGUGGGGGAGCCUGCAUCUUCUGUUGCCGCACUCUCGGUGGAGGAGGUGGUGGAUAUCGCCGUAUCCAAACAGACAGCUGCGACAGAUGCGAAGUUGGCCGCGAUGAAAUCCUUGUUGCUGCAGCUCCGAUCCAUCGGUAAAAAGGGCUGGGGGACCGUCCUGCAGCGUCUUCGUGAGGUGGACGCCACCAUGGCGGAAAGCUACGCGGGUGAGGAGGCCUUGCUAGCGGAGGCGAAUACAUUUUCUCUGACGUUACGCGGCUUUGAUGACGUACCGCUGGAUGAUGGGUUCUCUGCCGCGCGCCCUGCCACUGUGUAUGAGCUGCCCUGCACACUGAUGGAGUUUGUUUCGGGCGAGGGCAACGCUGCCGAAUCUUACCUUUUCGCCCGUGAGAUUGUUGACGAAGUGAUUGAGUUGGCAGCAGCAGGUGGGGCCGUUGCCGCACUCGGCCGCGUUGCAGAAACGAUGGUGUCAUGUGUUGAAGCCGCGGAGGACAUGGUGGAUGGGGCCGCCCUCGAGGCCUUACGGCUAGAGGCGGAGGAGAGGGCGUGGGCCGAGCGGCAGGCGUUUGUAAAGAAAUGGAGUGGGAUGUUUAAUGCAAGACUUGUUCCAUCCAUGUUCGAUGACGGAUUGGAGGCGGCGGGAGCGAAUCCAGUGCCAAUCUUCCACGCAGGCCAUUCACGGUACGUCCAAAGUGGCAACGACGGCCUUCGCGUGUGCCUCGCACGUGCUGCCGGUGACGCGAACCAGCUGCAGGAGCUUCUGCGUGUCGCGAAUUCUGCUUUGCAUGCCCUGGAUUUGACUCAGUGCGUCCAAGCGUACAAUAACGCUCUUCAAAAGAGUACACAGACUCUCUUCAAUGAAAGGAGUGACAAGGAGGAGCAGAAAGUGCGAAAAGAGGAAGUUGCCCCUGCCCCUGCCCCUGCCGCCGCACCGCGACUCGUGACGCUUGUUUCCAGCGAACAUCGUGAACUUUAUUUAUAUUCACUUGACCGCUUGCGGUGUUUCCUGUUGCAGGGUGACCAGCCGCGCGUGUCAUUUCCGGAUAUUGGCUAUGCGGAGUUGCGGGUGCUUGGGGAUCAUAUUAAUGCUCCGCCGCUGGAGGUGGCCUCCCAGCUCCGUGACCUGAGUUCCACAGACGCGCAAGAGAGACAGAAGUUGUUGAGCAUGUCACUUGAACUACAGGCACCACUUCUUGCCAUUCGGCUUCUGCCGUUGGUGUACUGCGCCGAAACGGGCCAGUUUGGUGAAGUGGAGGCGAAGGCGGCGCGGAAAGCGUUAAGGGGGAGACGUUUCUUCUUUUUAUACGGCGUACGAGAUUGGCUUCGGAUGGAGUUGCUUGGCGGAACUGCGAUUCUUAGCGGCUUCGAUCUUCUUUGGUGGUUGCGUUACCUGCAGGAGGCGGGGGAGGGGGAGGAGUCGUACAACAGCUACAGCGGCUCCUGGAAGCAGGUUUACGCCGAGGCGCGCGUCCGUGUGCUUCUUUCCCUCGGCGUGGACCGUGUCGCGGAGGAGGAGGUGCUGCUUUGGCUUGAGGAGCUUGGCCGCCUUGUGGCGUACAUGAGCUUCAGGGGAAAGACAAAUGUCACAGACGCGGAGGUGAAGGUUUUGGUAGAGACAUGCCCGCUGCUGCAGUCGCUGGACCUCUCCGGAACUGCCGUGACCGAUGAGUCGGUGCGCCUCCUGUGCACAGGAUGCAGGCGGUUGGUGGAAUGCAGCGUGACGGGGUGCCGGGUUUCACGCGAGGCGGCACUGUGGCUCACCGAUGUUUGCAUAAAAAAUGCACAGAGUUUGUAG